CAGUGCGCAAGUUUUUCUACUUCGCCCUUGACAGCCGAACCCUUCAACGCCGCCGCCGAGCUCGACGCCGUCCUUCUUCCACCGAACCGGAGUGAAAGAAGAUGCCGUCACUUCAAAAGGCUUUACCUCCAGAACUUGCUGAUAAUGCACUCAGAUUAUACCGCGAAUGCUUAAGGAGGGCUAAGUUCAUCGGGAGUCAGCAACACAACACCGGGCUUCUUGUUUCCAUGGUGAGACAACAGUUCAAGAAAAACAUGCAUGAAACUGAUCCAGAGAAGAUACAGAAAAUGAAGGAUGAUGCGGCAAGGGGUCUUAUCAAUCACAUUAUUUACGAGUCCGAGAAGAUGACAGGGCGUAAGUUCUCAGGUUAAGAAAGUAGCAAGUAGACUUUCAGCAUUUGCUGUACGAAUAACAAUAAAGAGCAUCUUGAUCAUGUGGCUGCUGAUUUAUGUUAUCUCCUGACACAUGGACCAGCUAAUGCUUCGCUUGUUGUUGACAUAUUAAAGCAGUGAUUUUCAUCAGUUGCAUUUUACUGGCGUUCUGGAUGUAGUUGGCCUAUACAUGCUGAGUGCUACCUGUUUUGGGUAAUCUUUAAAUAUUUUCCAAGCUUGGAGAUGUAUAUCUUCAGCAAUUUUGAAUGUUUCAAUAUGUGUGAAACAGAUGUGUAAUUAUAAAACCUUUUUCCUUGGUCA